AUGCCUCUCUUUCCUUCCACUCCCUCCCUCCUCUCCGUCUCCGUCUCCCUCUGCCUCGCUCUCUCCCUCCUCGUCUCCGCAGGUCAUACCUCCAAUUGGGCCGUCCUUGUCUCAACUUCUCGAUUCUGGUUUAACUACCGCCACCUCGCCAAUGUCCUCUCCCUUUACCGUACAGUCAAGAGACUCGGGAUUCCCGAUUCUCAGAUCAUCCUGAUGCUACCAGAUGACAUGGCGUGUAACCCUCGAAACGCAUUCCCAGGAACAGUCUAUAACAACGCUGACCGCGCUCUGGAUCUCUAUGGUGAUAACAUAGAGGUAGACUACCGUGGCUACGAAGUGACUGUAGAAAGUUUUAUUCGACUCUUAACGGACCGGCUGGAUGAUGACGUACCUCGCAGCAAGCGGCUGGGAUCCGAUGCAGGAAGCAACGUCCUCGUCUACAUGACCGGACACGGCGGGGACCAGUUCCUGAAAUUCCAGGACUCUGAGGAAAUUGGCGCAUGGGACCUGGCUGAUGCCUUCGGACAGAUGUGGGAGAAGAAACGAUACCGGGAACUUCUUUUCAUGAUCGAUACCUGCCAGGCUAAUACCAUGUACACCCACUUCUACUCCCCCAACAUCAUCGCCACCGGUUCCAGCGCCCUCUCCCAGUCCUCUUAUUCCCACCAUGCCGAUAGUGACGUGGGCGUCGCCGUCAUCGACCGCUGGACAUACUACAUCCUUGAGUUUCUGGAAACUCAAGUUACGAACCAGAACUCGAAGAGUACUUUAGGCGACCUCUUCGAUUCUUACGAUGAGUCGAAGAUCCAUUCUCAGCCUGGGGUGCGGUGGGAUUUGUUCCCUGGCGGUGAACUCGAAGGCAGACAACGUAUCGUUAUGGAUUUCUUCGGCAAUGUGCAGAAUGUCGAUGUCGAGUGGGAUCGGGGGAACACAACAAUGGACGCCGGUUCACUGAAAGACGACCUUGUAACCAUCGCUCGGUUAGUUGAGGAAUGGAGGCGAAAGGAACCGCAGGUGCAUGCACAGUCAUCCCUGGAAUCGGUUUCAAACAACAUCAGCAAUGAGGGAGCACGACAAAACAGCACCAGCCGUCCGUACCAGAUAUCUCCUGGUGCCAUGAAAAUGGAUGAUUCGAACAGCUGGAAACUGAAGAUCUAUGACAACUUCUUCACACACACGUAA